CUCUUUGAUGUAUUAGUGCUGGAUUAUAUUUUCUAAAUCGAUGUAGGAACAAUAACAAGAUCUUGUUAAUUUUUACUCCAACUCAUUUAACUGUAUCUAAGAAUGAAGUGCAAUUAUAAUAUUAUAGUGCUUGCAAUUAUUGGUUUCCUUAUUGGAUUUCGCAUAAAAGCUACUUGUGCAUAUGUUAUUCCGCAAGUUGAAAUAAAAGCCGUGCAACCACGAGGGCUACGCAUUUCGAUACCAGACGAGGAAGGAGUUCAAUUAUUUGGAUUUCAUGCUAAUAUUAAUGAAAGAAUAGCUCGAAAUACACCAGGGGCAAUCUCUAGGACAGUUAUUCGUCCGCAAAAGGGACGAUGGACUAUUGAAGAUGAUCGAAUUUCUUUGAAAAAAAAUGAUACUUUAUACUACUGGGUUUAUGUACAGGCUUUAGGGAAGCCACAUGCUAAAUAUGAUUUAUCUUGGGUUUAUAAAACAGAAGCACCCAAAAAACAAAACGAUCGGGACAAUAUAAAUAAUCAAGAUGAUCAUAACACUAUCGUAUCUCAAGGAAGUAAUUUAAUAUUUGAGGAAAAUUUUAAUACCCUAAAUUCAUCAGUUUGGUUGCGUGAAGUCAAAAUACCACUAUUCCCGGACUAUGAAUUUUGCAUUUACCAUAACCAUGAACGGAGUACCGUAAUUCGUGAUGGCGUCCUUCAUAUUAUACCAAGCAUACUUGAAAAUUCGUAUGGAGAAGGUGCUACGUCUUUAGGAAAAGUUCAACUCGCCGAAUGUACGAGCACUGUAUCGGAUGAGUGCGUGCGUGAGGCUACAUCAUAUAAUAUUUUACCGCCAGUAAUUUCUGCCCGGUUGACGACGAAAAGAAGCUUCAGUUUCCGUUAUGGUAAAAUUUCGAUUCGAGCCAAAUUUCCGAAAGGUGCUUGGCUAUAUCCAGAAUUGUGGCUGGAGCCUAAAUACUCUAAUUACGGACCCGGAUAUGCAAGUGGUCGUGUUAUUUUGGGUAUGACCAGAGGAAAUGACAAUCUAAUAAAAGUCAAUGACCCAUCGAAAGACUAUAGUUCGAAGGUGUUGCGAUUUUGCCUGAGAACGGGAUCUGUUAUGAAUCUUCGAGAAGAUUCAGUUACCAAGAAGCGUACAAGUGGAACUUGGGUAUCCGGUUUUCAUGUGUAUACAACAACAUGGUCUGAAAAUGGAUUCUCAUUUCAAGUUGAUGGUGAAGACCUUGGUACCUUAGUUCCAAACCAGAAUGGCUGGCUACACGCAACUAAUGCAUCUGGAGAAACAAACAUGGCGCCCUUUGAUCAGGAGUUUUAUAUAACUCUUGGCGUUGGAGUGGGCGGCGUAUGUGCAUUUCCAGAUGGAAUAACCACAGGAGAAUAUGAAAAACCAUGGCAAAACACCGAAGCCAAGGCGAUGCUGCGAUUUUGGCAAGCUAAAAAUCAAUGGUUGCCUACUUGGACAAGUGCCGAUAGUACCGCAUUGAAGGUCGAUUACGUGCGAGUUUGGUCACUUUAAACUUAUACACUAGACACGUCAUUGAAAAUUUGGCUAAGAAUGCUUUGUAUAUAUACAUUCAUGAAGAAAUAAGAGUAAGUCGUAUAUGCGAGCUCUUGCUCUUAUAAAAUAUGUAAGAUUGAUCGAUUCAUAAAUUCAAUGAAUCGCGAUUCUACUUAUCAAUUUGAUUUUCGAGUCGAUUAUUGGGGGUGAUAAAAUAUCGAGACAUCAUCGGCUGCUAAUGAAAUGCCCUUGUGGAAUUCCAAGUCAUGAAAUAUAUUUAGAUUACAAUAAUUAAACAUAUUCAAAUUUUCACGGUAUGGCAGUGGCUAUCGUGCUUCUGAAAGAACAAAUAAAUUAUUAUUAAUUUUAUUCUGGUAA